AUGCAUGAGGGCGAUGCUCUACUGGCUGGUCCUUCCUUAUCUCCAGCAUCUCCUCCAGCACAGAAUGAAUCAAAGGCACCUGGACCUAGUCCUACACCCGCUGCUGUCCAGCCUACAACUGCAGAGAGUUUGGCCCAUAGCAUCAGAAGCAAGUUUCUGAAUGAGCUUCAUAAAGUCCCAUUACCAUCCUGGGCUUUGGUGGCAUUUGGCUUCCUCGCAGUCCUCAUCACGUUAAGCUGCUGCCUGUGUUUUUGCAAAAAGAUGAUAUUUAAGAAGAAAAAAGAUAAGGGUGGGAAAGAAAAAAAUGAGAAGAACACCAUAAAUAUGUCAAGCGUCAAAGAAGAGGGAACAAAACAGGCUGUCCAUCACGGGAUUGAUUCUGACCCCAAAGAGGAUCCAGAGUCUAAAGAGGCUGCAAAACUGGGAAAACUUCUCUAUACCCUUGACUACAACUUCACUGACAGCUCGUUAAUUGUGGGUGUGAUUCAGGCAGAAGGUCUUGCUGCUAUGGAUAUGAGUGGCACUUCAGAUCCAUAUGUGAAAGUCUACCUCCUCCCUGACAAGAAGAAAAAGUUUGAGACAAAAGUUCACCGCAAAACACUAGAUCCGACUUUUAAUGAGCAUUUCACCUUUAAGGUUCCAUAUGCAGAGCUUGGUGGAAAGACGCUGGUCAUGACAGUGUAUGACUUUGACCGUUUCUCCAAACAUGAUGCUAUUGGGGAUGUGAGGGUGCAGAUGAAUAAGGUGGACUUCAGUCAUCUAACAGAGGAGUGGAGAGAUCUGCAGAAAGCCGAGAAAGAGGAGCAUGAGCGUUUAGGUGAUAUUUGCUUGUCUCUACGCUAUGUACCCACUGCUGGAAAGCUGACCGUUGUCGUUCUGGAGGCCAAAAACCUCAAAAAAAUGGAUGUGGGUGGUCUCUCAGACCCAUAUGUAAAAAUCCACCUGAUGCAGAAUGGCAAAAGACUGAAAAAAAAGAAAACCACAAUUAAGAAAAACACACUAAACCCAUAUUACAACGAAUCAUUUAGUUUUGAAGUUCCAUCUGAGCACAUUCAGAAAGUGCAGGUUGUGGUGACGGCGUUAGACUAUGACAAAAUUGGGAAGAAUGAUGCCAUUGGAAAGGUUUUCCUUGGACUGAACAGCUCAGGAACGGAGCAGCGCCAUUGGUCAGAUAUGUUAGCCAAUCCAAGAAGACCCAUCGCCCAAUGGCAUGCCCUUAAAACUGAAGAGGAUGUGGAUGCUGAACUGACAAAUAAGUGAAGCUGUCUGUGCGUGUGUGAGCAUUCGCAUACUUAAAUAUUCAGCAGUCUGCUUUUAUUUGUGAAGUUUGUGUGUAUAUGUAUGUGUAUGUGGGUAGAGGAUGAGGUAGAUCUACUAAAAUCUCCUCUCUCUCAGCCACAUUAAUCAUCAGAACCAUUCAUUUUCAGUAUCUUGUGUGCAGAUUGUGCAAAGAUAAAUUAAACGAUGUAUUAAAUAUGUAAAAACUGUAUUAAAGACAACAUGAAACGGCAUUAACAAUGCAGCUUCUGUUAUAACAUUUCUCAGUUUGAAACACAAUACUUAGAAAAUAAUGGUGAAAUGUAUGUUAUUACAAUAUUUGUUGAUAUAUCUUUUC